GGACAAGCUUUUGAACAGAGCGACGGACAGCUUUGAACAGAGAGACGGACAAGCUUUGAACAGAGCGACGGACAAGCUUUGAACAGAGAGACGGACAAGCUUUGAACAGAGAGACGGACAAGCUAAAAUGGAUUGAGCAUCAAUCAGCCUAGCGAUCUGAAACAACUCUUCAAAUCCAAAGACAGACAGCCGGGUGAAAGUUCAACGGUGAAAGAAGGGGAUCCCACUCCGAUCUCACCAUGGACUGGAAGACGUUCGAGGCGCUGCUUAGCGGGGUCAAUAAAUACUCUACCGCGUUUGGACGAAUCUGGCUCGCGGUGGUCUUCGUGUUUCGCGUCAUGGUCUUUGUCGUGGCCGCAGAACGCGUCUUUAGUGAGGACCAGAAAGACUUUGACUGCAACACCCGUCAACCCGGCUGCGCCAACGCCUGUUACGACCACUUCUUUCCUUUCUCCCACACCAGGAUCUGGGCAAUCCAGCUCAUCUUCGUCACCUGCCCCACCUUCAUGGUCGUGAUGCACGUGGCGUACCGUGAGGAACGCGAACGCAAGUACCGCAUCACACAUGGUGAAAACGCCCGUCUCUACGACAACACAGGACAGAAGCACGGAGGACUCUGGUGGACAUAUCUCCUCAGCCUCUUCUUCAAGACGGCCAUCGAAGUGGCGUUCCUCUACCUCCUCCAUCUCAUCUACAACAACUUUGACCUGCCGCGCCGCGUCAUUUGCGACCUCUGGCCUUGUCCUAACCAGGUGGAUUGCUACAUCGGCCGGCCCACAGAGAAGAGGGUGUUUACCUACUUCAUGGUAGGGGCGUCGGCUGUGUGUAUAGUGCUCAACGUGUGUGAGAUCUUUUACCUGAUAGCCAUCCGGUUGCUGAGGAUCAGUCAUCGGGGAAGCCUCCGUACCUCCCCCAACAUUAGGUGCUCUGAGCUGGACUGUGAUGGGUGGCAGACGCUGGCGGCGACAACAGAGUACCAGGAGUGCAACGAGGCCAACUUGUCCAUGGAGAAGAAAAGUACAUCUAUAUUUUGAGUCAGACAUGAAACGUUUUACAAUUUAACUUUUAUUAGAUGACACAUCUUUAUUGACUAAAUGUUGUCAAACAAAAUCUGAGUUUUAUCAAUACAUUUAUUUUAGUCAAAUGUAAUUUUUAUGGCCACCACCUCCUCACCCUCCCUCACGGACACGCCUCUGUGAGGGUGAGAGACUGACGAAGGUUAAGAGUUCUUGAAAGUGAUUUGACAGGUCGUGUUUCCCCUGCUCAGACGUCGGAUGACGAAUACCAGAGUUUACAACACAUGGUCGGUAUUUUACAUAUCAGCUAACCGCAUCUUAUGCUAAUCUGGUGCCCGACUGCACAGUCGAUGUUGUCGCAGCCAAUCAUUGGUUGAUGCACGUAACGUCUCAGCAAGGAAACACAACACCCUGCUCAUCCGAUCUGGUCCCCUGCUUUUUUCUGUUCAUUUAUUAUUAUCAUCAUUGUAACGGCUGUCCUCGCUGACAGACGGAGAGGAC